AUGUUCUCUGGUACGGACUCCUCAUCGCCGGAGCUGUCGCUCUGCUCGCCAUAUGAGCCGUGGACGCAAGGCCGUGGCCCAACCGAGGAGAUGGGCCUAGCUCUGUUGGAGUGCGCGGCCCACGUAGAGACUGGGCCCAUGGAGAAGGCCACGCGUUGCCUCGCGCGCGCCACGGGCCUCGCCGCCGCCGCCGCCGCCGGCGACGGGCCGCAGAAGCGCCUCGCCGAGGCAAUGGUGGAUUGCCUCGCGCGGCGCCUCCUCCGCCCCGUCCAGGCCAUCACCGACGCGCUCAUCGACCCCUCCGUCUACCUCGACCGGCGUUCCGUCAGGGCGGCGCGCCGCGGGUUCUUUGAGCUCAGCCCCUUCCCCAAGGUGGCGUUCGUCGUCGGCAACCGCGCCAUCGUCGAGGCGGUGGAGAACGAGAGCUUGGUCCAUGUCGUCGGAAUGUCAGGUCCAUUUACCCAGCCAUGUCAGUGGAUCCAGCUCCUGCACGAGCUUCGCCGUCGCCCGGAAGGCCCGCCGCGCGUCGUUCGGCUCACCGUCGUCCACGACGACGGGGAGUUGCUUGCCAAGAUGGCAGAGGUUCUCUCCGACGAAGCCGAAGAGCUCGACAUGGAGUUCCAGUUCCAUGGCGUCGUUGGCCAGCUCGAGGAUCUGGAUUUCAGUAACCUUCGAGAUGUCCUUGAGAUAAAAUCCGGCGAGGCGCUCGUCGUCAGCUGCACUCUUCAACUUCAUCGUCUUCUUGCUGCUGAUGACGAUGCGAUGUAUAGCUCUCGCUCUGCCCAUCUCAACCAAAUGGCGAGCAUCGCGCAGCUCCAGCAGAUGGCGGUGAGCUCGUGCCCGCCGAGUACAGGCGGCGGCGGAAGCGUCCAGUACAAAGACGACGACGACGACCCAUACCGAAGCCCUGCCACGCCGCUGACGUUCGUCUCGCCACCGGCGUCCACCCCUCACCUCCAGAUGCCGGCGGCGCUAGCCAACUUCCUGUCGGCGGUGCGCGCGCUGUCACCAAAGAUCGUGGUGGUGGCGGAGCAGGACGCGGACCACAACGGCGUCUCCUUCCGGAAGCGCUUCUGCGAGGCGCUCCACCACUACGCCGCCGUGUUCGACAGCCUCGACGACGCCGCGGCCGCCACCACCUCGGCGGCGUCGCACCUGUGGUCGCCCGACGAGCGCGCGCAGGUGGAGCGCGUCGUGGUGGGCGAGGAGAUCAAGGGCGUCCUACUCCGGGAUGGCGCGCACCGGCGGGAGCGGCACGACCGGCUGCGGCAGUGGGCAGCGCGCAUGGAGAUGGCCGGGUUCACCGGCGUGCCGCUCAGCUACGCCGCCAUCAGGAAGGGGAACGACAUGGUGAGGCGAUGCGGAUUGAGACGCUGCGAGAACAGGGAAUGCGGCGGCUGCCUCCUCCUGUGCUGGAGCUCAAGGCCUCUCUACUCGAUCUCGGCAUGGCGGCCGGCGGCGAGCGGAGGAGCUGGGUCAGGUUCAGAGAGAAGCGAGUACAUACAUGUCGGUGCCGAGGCAGAUGAUCGAUGACUCCGGUACAUAGCUUUGAUGACCAACCAGACGAAAGAGCAUGCAUUUGUAAUUUAGUUUUCAAGUUGUAACCUGUUUCUUUUUUUUUCAUUUUUUGCGAGAUUAAUUAAUCUGUAUAAGAGGCACAGAGUUCUUG